AUGAAGUUCUCUGCUAUCCUCAUUGCCUCCGUCGCCCAAGUGGCCACUGCCCAUUACUUCAUCGACACCAAUGUCGUUGGUGGAGUUAAGCAGCCCGCCUUCAAGUAUGUCCGCAAAUCUACUCGUGCGACCCUGUACAACCCAAUCAAGUUCUCCGACAACCCCCUCACCGAUAUCCGUGAUGGCUCCCACGUCGACGGCCCUGAUAUCCGUUGCAACCAGGGUGCCUUUUCCUCUGCUGGCAAGACUCAGGUCUUGACCGUCAAGGCCGGCGAUGAGGUCCGCGGUACCUUGGCUGUUGGUGCCAAGUUCGGGCACCCCGGUCCUGAGUUCGCCUACAUGUCUCUGGCUCCCGGAGGUGUUCAGCAGUACGACGGAUCCGGCGACUGGUUCAAGAUCCACGAGCAGGGCGUUUGCGACGGUGGUGACUUCACCUCUACCGCCUGGUGCGAUUACAACAAGGACUACAUCUCUGCGACGAUCCCCAAGGACACUCCUGACGGCGAGUACCUCGUCCGCUUUGAGCACAUUGGUGUUCACCGCUGCCACGUCAACCAGCCCGAGCACUACGUCUCUUGCCUGCAGGUCAAGGUUGUCGGUGGCGGUAGCGGCACUCCCGGCCCCAUGGUCAAGUUCCCUGGUGCUUACAAGUCCACCGACCCGUACGCCAACUUCAGCAUCUACAACGGUCGCAAGGCUUUCCCCAUGCCCGGCCCCAAGCCCUGGGUUGGUGGCGGCAGCAGCUCCGGUCAGCCAGCUAAGGAGGAGACCUCCCCUGCUUCAUCUGCCCCUGCAGCGCCUGCUUCUGCUUCGUCCGCACCCGCUGCUCCUGCUUCGCCCGCUCCUGCUUCGCCUGCUCCUGCUUCCCCCGCACCCGCUUCGCCCGCACCUGCUGAGCCUGCUCCUGCUGAGCCCGCACCUGCUGAGCCCGCACCUGCUUCUCCUGCUCCUGCUUCAUGUACCCUUGGUUCGCCUACCACCAUGGCCACGGUCGCUAAGCCUGCCUCUACUCCUGCUCCCGCUGCCGGCGCCGUAGCUCUCUACGGACAGUGCGGUGGAGAGGGGUACUCUGGCGCCACCAGCUGUGCCACAGGUACUUGCAAGUCCAUCAACCCAUGGUACUCUCAGUGCCAGAACUAG